GACGGCGUGUGUUUCUUCGGCGUCCCUUAGAUCUCUCUCCCCACCUUCUUCGUGAAAGUGUGUGCGCCGUGAUGGAUGUUGUAUGCGCUGAACCAUCCUGGCAGGUGCUACUCUGGCGUGCAAGUGGAGGUGCGAGUGAUGAGCAGCUCGGUUGAUUUUUCGUUGUCGGGGUCGCGAUUCGGCUAGUCCUUGCCUUGGGCCGCACUCUCAUCUCUUUCUGGAUUCUUCCUCUGUGCUUCACCGCCGCCGAUGUGCGGCUCUUAGGGUAAUCUUCUGUUUGGGGGGGAUGUAGUCGAUCGAUCAGCUCGUUUUGUUUGUGCGCUUCUGUGAAAGUUGCGGUUUCGAGCACUUGUCACUGUUCUGGCUACGGUACCGCCAUCGAUCUCAGGCCCUGGCACAUUCCAUGCAAUGCAUGCUGCGGAUAUGGCAGAUUUGCUAGGUUUACGAGCUACAGGAACUGUAGCCGGUUUCUUUUGUUGCCAGAGACGCGGAUUCGCUGUUAGACAUGAAGCGACGAGGUCCUUUCCUUUGAAUGUGCCUGCGUACUCUGAAUAGUACUCACGUUCAUAUCUUGGUUUUCCUGCUCCUACUUAGAAUGAGGUCGCGGAAAGGGACGAUGAGAUGCCGAGUAUUUUGCACUCAAUUCGGCUUUUGUGAAACGAGUAUUCUGUCAAAUGCCAGAUUAGUUUACUACAUCUCACUUUAGACCCGAAUUUUGUUGAGGGAUUUUCCGUAGAUAUGAUUGCUUACUCAUUCUUGGGGCAACGUUGGAGAUUUUCUUUGCGUAACUUUAUUGUAGAAUGGAAAAGGUGUAACAGGAAUCCGUGUGAGUGGUUCGUAUAAUGCUCAAUGAGAGUUCCUGACACUCCGUUCUUAGUGUAGGGUACAGUGUGAAACUUGAGUUGGUGGCGAAUGCGUUGUGCUUCUUUUCAAAUUCAGUUUUGCCUCUAUGUAUACACGUUUGACAGAAUUUGAACGUAACCAAGCGACGUUUCAAGGCAGAAGUGAUCGCUGCGAUUGAUUCAGAUAAUAUGCUAGGAAGCAGGAAACUAGAGGGACCUUCUCAAGAAAAUAGUGCUCAUAUCUCUCCGCUAGAGAGUUUAUUGCAUCGAGCAUGGCUUCGGACUCACAAACCAAAACUACGAAAAAGUAUUACUUCUGCUCCCCCCACAGAUGUGUCAGUAGGAAAGCGAGAGUCUUCGCAGGCUUCUUUGCCAGUACUUUCAGAACUUGUUUCUGGUCAAGUAAGUAAUGAGGAUGGGCAAGAUCAACUCUAUUUUCACAAGUCGAGAUUGGAUGCAUCAGCGUCGUUCAUAUCAAGGUUCGUACUCCCAGAGCUAAAAUGUUAUUCCCAGAAGACAUACAUCCCAAAAUCAGUGUCCACGGAGCAAUGGAUCUACCGGUUGCCAGGCGUUAGAUACGGUUUAUCGCAGGGAUUGAAGUCACUUUCAGGUUCCUCUACCGGCCUUAGCCGUAACCGUUCAAGCACUGUCAGCCAGGUAUCUGGCGUCACACAAUCUGAAGUAAGUGGUAGCGAUUCGGUCGACUCUGAGGAACACACACAGCCUUUAGCUAGCUAUCUCGAAGGCAUCCUUACGGAAGAAAAUCUGGAAGAAGAAAAUACCAUGUUGUGCAAGACUAGUGCUUACCAGGGUAUAGCGAAAGAGAUUUCUGAUCUUAUUGGCCUGGAAGUCCCAACUGAUCCUGACGGAUCCGAUGUGAAUUCUGAUCGUCAUUGGGCGGACGUUGAAUCCCAUUACACCGAAGAAGAACUACGCAUAGUAGAAAAGAGUAGCGCUUAUGAAGCCAUGACAAAAGAGAUUGCGGAACUCAUUUCUCCACCGCACUCUGAUGUGCAUGAUGCUUUAUCAGCCGAAUCGUCAAAUGAGGUGUAUGUCUCCAAAUCUGACUUUAAGCCAACCAUGGAACUUGCGGCUCGGAAAAUGAUAGAGGCGUACACUUGCAUGCUAAGCAAGCACAUGGCGGACAUGUCGAUCAAUACUGACAACGAGGAUUCCAAGAAUCGAGUCGCUAACACUGAUGGCCUCAAUUCAAGUCUUUUAAUCUACUUCGAUGAGGAUUGGAGAAUAUACCUACAUAAUCUCAACCAAAACUUCACGCCAUCCUCCAAUUUCGACUUCAACAUGCUUCUUUGUGGAGCAAGUUUAGGGUCAAAGACGUUAGAGGAUAAUGCUGUUGCCACCACCUCAGGUGGUAGUUUGACGGAAUUACUCUACAAGUGUGCACUCGCAGUGAGUCAGGGCGAUGCAAGAAAUGCCACGGACUUGUUAGCUGAACUGCGGCUGAAAUCAAGUAACCAGGGGAAUCCCACACAGCGCAUGGCUCAUUAUUGCAUGGAAGCUCUGGUUGCAAGAAUGUCAAAGACUGGUGAACAGCUUUACAAUGUCAUCAUGAAUAGCGGCCCCUCCGAUGCAAGACUGUUCAAAGCUAUUCGACUGUACCUCGAGAAUUGUCCUUACAUCAAACUUGCUCAUUUUUUCGCCAUCAAAGCCCUUCUAGAUGCCUGUGAAGGUGCCACUCGUAUUCAUCUUGUAUGCUACGGAAUUUGCUAUGGUGUCGAAUACCCGAGUUUCAUUCAACAACUGUCACUAAGGGGUGGGAAAUUACCUCAUCUUCGUAUGACAGUUAUUGAUUCAGCAAGUCCUGGAGAUGAUCCCGCAUCAAAAUUACAUGAGACUGGGCGUCGGCUGACGGCGUUUGCGAAGGAUGUCAAUUUACCGUUUGAGUUUGUCGGACUGGCUGGAAACUGGGAAUCAUUUACAGCAAGAGACAUGAACUUAAGGGACGAUGAUGUGCUUCUAGUGUACAGCGUUGGCUUGCACCGUCUUCUUGAUGCGUCGGUUGUGGCCUCAAGCCCUCGUGAGGUUGUGUUGAGGAGGAUCCGAAGCAUCAAUCCUAAGGUAUUUGUUAUGGUGACGCUAAACGGAGGGUACAAUGCUCCUUUUUUCAUGACCCGCGUCCGAGAGUGUGUCAAGUUUUUCUCUGCAAUGUAUGAAGGGAUGGAGAUGUGUAUGCCUCGCGAUGAUCCAGACAGAAUCAUUAUUGAACGAGAAAUUUUUGGUUUAGAGAUAAUGAACAUCGUUGCAUGCGAAGGACGAACGAGAGUGGAACGUGCUGAGCCUUACCGGCAAUGGCACAACCGACUGCAACGGAUAGGCUUCACUCAACUGCCACUCAAUCCGAUAGUUUACUCCAAGAUUACUAGCAUGAUGAGUGCUUAUCACAAAGACUACGGAGUAGGUGAAGAUAAUGGCUGGUUUCUGAUGGGAAUAAGGAAUCAGAUCAUCAAAUGUUGUUCAGCUUGGGAAGCUAAAACAUCUGUAAGUUUGCGCCCUAUUUUAUAACCGGCACAUUGGCUUCUGUUACGUACGGUUGUCAACAGAGAAUGAGUUGCAGAUUCUGUUAAUCUUCAGCUCUAACCUCAAAUUUUGAUC